GUCAAUUUGUGAUGCUCGCUCGAUAGGGAUAACGGGAACUGUCCAAUUGAUCUUAGGCUAAGUAACGAGUAAUGACACCCAUCGGCCAUCUGACUCAAAUCUUGCUAGCAUCGAUUCAUGAUCCUCGUCACCUCGUGGUUCUUUGCCUCAAACAAGUCAGCAAACCACCGCCACGUUACUCUCUCCUCGAGUCUAGAGAGUCCAGACUCAAAUACGAACGAUCUAACUGCGCCCAUAGUACUGCCGGUAUGGAGUUCCUGGGCAUCGGGAAUAAAUUAGAUGUCCGCUAUCGAUUAAUCAGACUGCCGACUAUGGGGUAUUCCGUAUUAUGUAUGUACUACGUAUGGCUCUGCAUCCUUCGCAUGAUUCUGUUGACAGUCAGUACCGAUACCUAACGGAUACGGGAUACGGAGUACGGGAAUAAUGCUUCCUAAUGCCUGGGCGGUUGUCUAACACGCCCCAUCUGCGAUUUUUCAUAUUUGUGACCUGUUCUAUAUUCAUCUGCAAUAAUGGUCAAAGGGUUCAACAGCUAAUUCCAUCUCCCAUCCCCCAUUCGGCCCGUCGGGAAUCUAGCCUAACUGCGUUAUGCGUAGUCACUAGUCUCCCACCGGGAUGAACUGAAUGAAGGUAUGAGUCCAUGCUCCAUCUGUCAAUUGGGAAACCCAUAUGUCAUCGACCUGGAGAUUCUAGUCCGAAUGAAGAGGGAGCGCAUCGGUCUAUCGGAUAUCGGCA